AGAGUGAGAGAGGAACACAGAAAGACAAGGACCUUCUGCACCAACGCUCUCUGGCAUGUAAUGAUGGAAUCCUUUAAGAAUUUUAUCUUCACCUUAACCUUGUACCUGCUGCAGGGGGUAACUGCUUCCCUCAUUCAGCUGAAUAAUAAUGGCUAUGAAAACAUUGUCAUUGCCAUUGACCCAACUUUGCCAGAGGAUGAUAAACUCAUUCAACACAUAAAGGACAUUGUGUCAGAGGCUUCAAUUUACCUAUAUGAGGCCACAGAAAAAAGAUUUUACUUCAAAGGAGUGUCCAUCUUGAUUCCUAAGACAUGGCAGACAAAACCAGACUAUGAGAAACCGAGACUUGAGACUUACAAAAAUGCAGACAUCAUCAUUGAAGUCCCUAAUCCCCCAGGCAAUGAUGUUCCACGAACUGACCACUUUGGACAGUGUGGAGAGAUUGGAGAGAGAAUUCAUCUAACUCCUAACAUCAUAUUAGGGAAGAAGUUGGAUGAGUAUGGACCACCAGGUAGAAUUUUAGUUCAUAAAUGGGCCCAUUUGCGGUGGGGAGUAUUUGAGGAAUACAAUGAAGCCGAGCGUUUCUACCAGUCUAAUGGAAAAAAUGUACCAGUAAAAUGUUCUGAAGCUAUCACUGGUGCAAAUAAGGCAUAUACAUGUUCUGGAGGCAGCUGUUCAGUCACAUCAUGCACAACAGAUCCCAAAACAGGAAAGUUUGACAAAGACUGUUUUUUCCUACCUGACAAAGUUCAGACUGAGAAAGCCUCCAUCAUGUUCAUGCAAAGCAUCAAUUCUGUGGUUGAAUUUUGUACAGAAAAGAACCAUAACAAAAAUGCUCCAAAUGCUCAAAACCAGAAGUGCAGCCUCAGGAGCACAUGGGAAGUGAUCCAAGAUUCUGAAGACUACAAGGCUUCCACUCCGAUGACAGCAGCACAGCCACCCCAGCCCACCUUCUCGCUGAAACAGAUCCGAGAAAGGAUCCUGUGCCUAGUUCUGGAUAAGUCUGGAAGCAUGGCGAGUGAGAACCGGCUAAAUCGCCUGAAUCAAGCCUCCAAACAUUUCCUGCUUCAGAUCAUUGAACGUGGAUCCUGGGUUGGGAUGGUCACAUUUCACAGUGCAGCCUCUGUCCGUAGUGAACUGGUACAGGUAGAGACAGAUGCUCAGAGGAAUACCCUCAUUACCAAGUUACCUGCUUUCGCUUCAGGAGGAACAUCCAUCUGCUCUGGACUCAGAUCAGCCUUUCAGGUAAUAGGAAAGAAAUUCUCAACAGAUGGUUCAGAAAUAGUCCUUCUGACUGAUGGGGAAGACAAUACAAUCAACACAUGUUUUGAUGAAGUGGAACAAAGUGGGGCCAUCAUCCACACAGUUGCUCUGGGACCUUCUGCAGCCAUAGAUCUGGAGAAGCUGUCAAAGAUGACAGGAGGUGUGCAGACAGCUGCUACAGACAAUGCCCAGAACAAUGGGCUCAUUGAUGCAUUCAGUGCCCUCUCAUCAGGAAAUGGACUGAUCACUCAACAGUCUGUCCAG